AUGAUCGUACCACGACAAUCCCGUGCCCCGACCGGUACACACCCCUUGCUCGGGUCCCCCCUUCAUAGUCACACCCCCCUGCCCCCUCAUGCCAUCCGCUCCCCCCGCCCCUACCCUCCGCGUGCCCGCUCCCUCGCCGCCUCUUUUGACCCUCCCUGCCCCCCUCGCCGUUACCCACCGCUCGCCAUUCGCUCCUCCCCGCCCGUGCCCUCCCCUCGUUUACCUUCGCCUCCCCCCUCCCCUCCUCUGCUGCACGCCUCUUCCUUCCCCUCGCUAACCCACUCCACUCCCUGCCCCUCCUCAAUCCGCACCCUGCCCCUCGUUUCUCGCCCCCCUACGCUUGGUUUCUCCCCUCCCUGCCCCUCGCCGCCUUUCUCCGCUCCCCACCUCCCCCCUCUCCCUGCCCCCCCACUCUCCUCCACUUGCCCUUGGCUUCCCACCUCCCUGCCCCACCUUUCCCCCCUCCGUGUGCUCAGCUUCUCCCCUCCCUGCCUCUCCCUCCUCCCCGCCCUGCCCCUCAUUUUCCGCCCCCCCACGCCCGGUUUCUCCCCUCCCUGCACCUCCCUUUCUUUCUCCGUGCCUCUCCUUUGCUCCCUCCCUGCCCCCGCCUGCCCAUGCCCCUGUCUUUGGUUUCUCCCCUCCCUGCCCCACGUUUCUUCCCUCCCUGAGAUCACCUUGUACCCCCUCUGCCCCUCCCUUGUUCUCCCCGCACCCAUUGCUUCUCCCCUCCCUGCCCUUGAUUUCCCGCACCCCUGCCCUUGUUUCCUACCAUCCAUGCCCCUCGUUUCCCCUCUUUGUACGUUCACCCUCUUCCCUCCCUGCCCCUCCCUUCCUCCCCCCCUGCCCUUUGCUUUCCCCUCCCCCUGCCCGUUGCUGCCCCUCCCCUUGCCCCCUCAACUCCCCUGCCCCCCGUACACCCCACUCCCGUCCAACCGCCCCCACCCUCCCCCGGCUGCCCGUUUCCGCUCUCCACCCCCGCGACCGUGUGCGGCUUCCAACCGCCCAACGGUGUCACACCCCCUGCCCCCUCAUGCCAUCCGCUCCCCCCGCCCCUACCCUCCGCGUGCCCGCUCCCUCGCCGCCUCUUUUGACCCUCCCUGCCCCCCUCGCCGUUACCCACCGCUCGCCAUUCGCUCCUCCCCGCCCGUGCCCUCCCCUCGUUUACCUUCGCCUCCCCCCUCCCCUCCUCUGCUGCACGCCUCUUCCUUCCCCUCGCUAACCCACUCCACUCCCUGCCCCUCCUCAAUCCGCACCCUGCCCCUCGUUUCUCGCCCCCCUAUGCUUGGUUUCUCCCCCCCUGCCCUUUGCUUUCCCCUCGUUACGCUCCCUUCUCCCCAUCCCUGCUGCCCUCUUACCACCAUCAGCCCCCCCUGCCCGUUGCUGCCCCUCCCCUUGCCCCCUCAACUCCCCUGCCCCCCGUACACCCCACUCCCGUCCAACCGCCCCCACCCUCCCCCGGCUGCCCGUUUCCGCUCUCCACCCCCGCGACCGUGUGCGGCUUCCAACCGCCCAACGGUGUCACACCCCCUGCCCCCUCAUGCCAUCCGCUCCCCCCGCCCCUACCCUCCGCGUGCCCGCUCCCUCGCCGCCUCUUUUGACCCUCCCUGCCCCCCUCGCCGUUACCCACCGCUCGCCAUUCGCUCCUCCCCGCCCGUGCCCUCCCCUCGUUUACCUUCGCCUCCCCCCUCCCCUCCUCUGCUGCACGCCUCUUCCUUCCCCUCGCUAACCCACUCCACUCCCUGCCCCUCCUCAAUCCGCACCCUGCCCCUCGUUUCUCGCCCCCCUAUGCUUGGUUUCUCCCCCCCUGCCCUUUGCUUUCCCCUCGUUACGCUCCCUUCUCCCCAUCCCUGCUGCCCUCUUACCACCAUCAGCCCCCCCUGCCCGUUGCUGCCCCUCCCCUUGCCCCCUCAACUCCCCUGCCCCCCGUACACCCCACUCCCGUCCAACCGCCCCCACCCUCCCCCGGCUGCCCGUUUCCGCUCUCCACCCCCGCGACCGUGUGCGGCUUCCAACCGCCCAACGGUGUCACACCCCCUGCCCCCUCAUGCCAUCCGCUCCCCCCGCCCCUACCCUCCGCGUGCCCGCUCCCUCGCCGCCUCUUUUGACCCUCCCUGCCCCCCUCGCCGUUACCCACCGCUCGCCAUUCGCUCCUCCCCGCCCGUGCCCUCCCCUCGUUUACCUUCGCCUCCCCCCUCCCCUCCUCUGCUGCACGCCUCUUCCUUCCCCUCGCUAACCCACUCCACUCCCUGCCCCUCCUCAAUCCGCACCCUGCCCCUCCCCCUGCCCGUUGCUGCCCCUCCCCUUGCCCCCUCAACUCCCCUGCCCCCCGUACACCCCACUCCCGUCCAACCGCCCCCACCCUCCCCCGGCUGCCCGUUUCCGCUCUCCACCCCCGCGACCGUUCCACACCCCCUGCCCCCUCAUGCCAUCCGCUCCCCCCGCCCCUACCCUCCGCGUGCCCGCUCCCUCGCCGCCUCUUUUGACCCUCCCUGCCCCCCUCGCCGUUACCCACCGCUCGCCAUUCGCUCCUCCCCGCCCGUGCCCUCCCCUCGUUUACCUUCGCCUCCCCCCUCCCCUCCUCUGCUGCACGCCUCUUCCUUCCCCUCGCUAACCCACUCCACUCCCUGCCCCUCCUCAAUCCGCACCCUGCCCCUCGUUUCUCGCCCCCCUACGCUUGGUUUCUCCCCUCCCUGCCCCUCGCCGCCUUUCUCCGCUCCCCACCUCCCCCCUCUCCCUGCCCCCCCACUCUCCUCCACUUGCCCUUGGCUUCCCACCUCCCUGCCCCACCUUUCCCCCCUCCGUGUGCUCAGCUUCUCCCCUCCCUGCCUCUCCCUCCUCCCCGCCCUGCCCCUCAUUUUCCGCCCCCCCACGCCCGGUUUCUCCCCUCCCUGCACCUCCCUUUCUUUCUCCGUGCCUCUCCUUUGCUCCCUCCCUGCCCCCGCCUGCCCAUGCCCCUGUCUUUGGUUUCUCCCCUCCCUGCCCCACGUUUCUUCCCUCCCUGAGAUCACCUUGUACCCCCUCUGCCCCUCCCUUGUUCUCCCCGCACCCAUUGCUUCUCCCCUCCCUGCCCUUGAUUUCCCGCACCCCUGCCCUUGUUUCCUACCAUCCAUGCCCCUCGUUUCCCCUCUUUGUACGUUCACCCUCUUCCCUCCCUGCCCCUCCCUUCCUCCCCCCCUGCCCUUUGCUUUCCCCUCGUUACGCUCCCUUCUCCCCAUCCCUGCUGCCCUCUUACCACCAUCAGCCCCCCCUGCCCGUUGCUGCCCCUCCCCUUGCCCCCUCAACUCCCCUGCCCCCCGUACACCCCACUCCCGUCCAACCGCCCCCACCCUCCCCCGGCUGCCCGUUUCCGCUCUCCACCCCCGCGACCGUGUGCGGCUUCCAACCGCCCAACGGUGUCACACCCCCUGCCCCCUCAUGCCAUCCGCUCCCCCCCGCCCCUACCCUCCGCGUGCCCGCUCCCUCGCCGCCUCUUUUGACCCUCCCUGCCCCCCUCGCCGUUACCCACCGCUCGCCAUUCGCUCCUCCCCGCCCGUGCCCUCCCCUCGUUUACCUUCGCCUCCCCCCUCCCCUCCUCUGCUGCACGCCUCUUCCUUCCCCUCGCUAACCCACUCCACUCCCUGCCCCUCCUCAAUCCGCACCCUGCCCCUCGUUUCUCGCCCCCCUAUGCUUGGUUUCUCCCCCCCUGCCCUUUGCUUUCCCCUCGUUACGCUCCCUUCUCCCCAUCCCUGCUGCCCUCUUACCACCAUCAGCCCCCCCUGCCCGUUGCUGCCCCUCCCCUUGCCCCCUCAACUCCCCUGCCCCCCGUACACCCCACUCCCGUCCAACCGCCCCCACCCUCCCCCGGCUGCCCGUUUCCGCUCUCCACCCCCGCGACCGUGUGCGGCUUCCAACCGCCCAACGGUGGUGCGCACGGGGCGUUUCUUCGCGCGGGCAAGCCUCCCCGGGGGCCCCCCACCCCGCUGA